AGAACAUCAGUACCUGGAGGAGAAGGGCGAGGUGACGUCAUGUUGUGACAACAACGGCCACGCGACCGGUCGUUAAGGCCGUGGGUAGACCUGCUGUCAGUUCCAGCCUCCCAGACAGACCAGGCCGUGUGGCAGGAUGGCGCCGUGGCUGUGCCGAGCUGUGGUCCUCAGUCUGUUGACAGGUUUAGCGGCCUGUGGCAGCUACUGUACCUUCUCAACCUACAGUAGCUACUACUCCUACUACUACGACACCUACAAGUACUGUACGUACGGCUGCUGCACCUUUGACUGCUGCUCCUACAGCUACGACACAGUCAGCACCGUCUACAGUUACAGCGCUUUGGCCGCCAUCAUCGCUGGAAGUGUCGUCGGCGGCAUUCUCUUCAUCUCGGGCGUCGUUGCCAUCGUCUGCUGCUGCAUUAAGAGCAAGUCACGACCGGGCCGUGUGAUACAACCGACAACUGGUACCUCCGGCAACUUGACGGUCGUCAGCUCAGCAAGCAACACAAACCAGUUGUUGUCAGCUCAGCCAGGCCUUAGUGCUCCAUAUGGUCCGCAGUAUGGUCCGCAGUAUGGUCCGCAGUAUGGUCCGCAGUAUGGUCAGCAGUAUGGUCAGCAGUAUGGUCAGCAGUAUGGUGCACAGUUUUCAGGGCCACCACCCUACCAACCUCAGCCAGCUCCCUCUGUCAACAAUGGAGGACAACCACCGCCGUCUCAUACCUACGGUGACCUGUCAUAUCCUCCCACCAGUUCAGGAUACCCUGCUUCCUAGGGGACAGCACCCAGUGGACCACUUAUGUUGAGUGGAGUGUGAGAAGUCAGUAAUACAGACUUCCUGUUGUAUAGAGAAAGUUUCAACAUUCUUCAUAGUCAAUAUGAAAGGACUCUUGAAGGUUAUAAUAAGUAAAUCUCAAAGUUCUGUGUCUGGGAUGAGAAUUUAGAGGUUCUGUGUUACUACAACAGCUCUGGGACUUGGUUAUUAAAGCAAAUGGAUUAAAAAAAACUACAAGAAGGAGAAAUGUUUUGCUUUUUGGCUUAAACAUAUGUUACAACUUUUUUUUUUUACAAUUUUGUAACGACAGUUAUAGUUGGUUGGAAAGUAUGAUUUCUCUCCAGAACUGAAAAUGAAUGUUUUAGAAAAGAUGCGAAUGUCUCAUCUGCCAGAACACGACUGAAGGUAUCUCAAAGCCUGGUGCUGAGAACGAGGACACGUGACCACGCCCCCUCUCCCUGCUGUCCCCUGGCUCCCCAUCCCUGUGGUGUCCAGUGCCAGCUGUCCACGCCCCUACUCCUCAGCAAACUCACGAAACUCGUGGUCCUUACUGCUUGUUACCCAAGUCCUCUGUGCAUCUUCUGUUUGUCUUUUAUUCAAUCAGUAUUGUUGUUCAUCCUUCCGUCCGUCGUGUGCUGCCCGUGUCUCGCUCUUGUCUCAAGUGCUGAGGGGCGCUGCGCUCCUUCGUGAGCCUAUGUUGUGCAGCAAUCACACCUUUCUUCUUCUUCUUACUAUUAUUGAACUUUGGAUCAGUGUUUAUCUAUAGAAGGUUUGAGGUCUGUGUUUUAAUGUGCAUAACAAUUUGAUCUUAGUGCUCAUGUAUAAGACUUUGGGUCUGUGUAAACACAAUAAACAUUUUUGUAGUUUCA